UCCUAGAGAGGCCGGGGUGGGGGUGGGGCAGAGGAUGUAAAAUGAAAAGAGUUGCUUCCUGCCCUGCUUAAUCCUGAGAAAAUACUUUGAAUGGUCUGUGACAUCUGAUGAUUAGUAGAGCAGAUGCUUUGUGGUGGGCUUCUGAGAAGAGAUCAGGAAAAUGGCUUCAGAGCACAGAGCAUUGUCGACCUUGGGUUUCCAGCUGCAGGCUGUGUUAGGACAAGGAAUGAAGCAGGAGGAGUUGGAUUCAGUGUGCCUGCAAUCUGAGAAUGGAGCUGGAAAAGACCUCCCUGUCAUCCCAGCCAGACUGACAGGGGAAUUCUGGGACGGUACUUCCCCGGAGCAAGUUGAAUGGGACCUGAGGGAGCGGUUGCAACACCGCUGGGAAGCCCAAUGGCAGGAAUUCCUGAAGAAAGUGGAGUCCAGCCCCUCAGGGCGGAGCAACCCGCCAACUGAUGAUGCCAAAGGCACAGCAGGUUGCAAGCAAGUGAAGGAAGAAAUCCUGGAUGAGGAGGCUAGCAGCACAGAGGCACAGCGCCAGCACUUCAGGCAGUUUGGCUACCAAGAGGCUGAGGCACCGCGGGCGGUUUGCAGCCAACUCCAGGAACUUUGUCAUCAAUGGCUAAAGCCAGAGAGACACACCAAGGAGCAGAUCCUGGAGCUGGUGACCCUGGAGCAGUUCCUGGCUAUCCUGCCCCAGGAAAUGCAGAGCUGGGUCAGGAAAGGGGGGCCGGAGACCUGUCCCCAAGCAGUGGCACUGGCCGAGGGUUACUUGCUGAGGCAGCGAGAGGUCAAGAGGCAAGAAACACAGGAUCUGGAGCUAUUGAAGAAGGCAGCAGUGGAUUUCCCUGAGACAGAGGGUGCUCCUUCUGAUGCCUGGCGAGAGACACUGUUCCGCGAUAUUAAACAGGAGAAUGGUGGAGUUACCAGUUUCUUGGCUGAAGAGUGGGUGAGUGGAGAGAAGAAAGAUUGCCUUGGAAAUUCCACAGAUAAGGAAACCUGCAGGAUGUUGUCGGGAGGAGCUGAGCAGAACACGUCUCAGUGUCUUGAUCAUGGAGAUUUGGCCUCUGGGAGUCAUCAAGGCAAUCCAACAAAAAGGGAAGAGAGUACAUUAAUUAAUUACCAGAGCAGGUACAUGGAACUGGAGGACAGAACACCCCUGCAGGGUAUCCCUAAGGAAAAGACAGAGAAUGCUCACUUUGAAUGCGGAAAUGUCUUUCAAAAAAAGUCUGAUCUUGUGGAUGAAAUAACUCAAACAAAUAAAGGGCCAUUUAAAUGCCCAGAUUGUGGGCAGACUUUUAGCAGGCGAUCAGUCCUCGUUAACCAUCAGAGAAUCCACACCGGGGAGAAGCCAUACAAGUGCUCAGUUUGUGGGAAAGGCUUCCGUCAGCACUCGCAGUUAAUUAACCACCAGAGAAUCCACACAGGUGAGAAACCAUACAGCUGCCUUGACUGUGGGAAAAGUUUUGGUGACCCCUCACACGUUAUCAGGCAUAAGAGGACCCACACGGUAGAGAGGCCGUACAAAUGCUCGGCCUGUGGGAAAAGCUUUUGCACGGGGACCGAGCUUCUUGUGCACGAGAGAACCCACACGAGUGAAAAACCCUGCCAGUGUCUUGACUGCGGACAAAGCUUCAGCAGGAUGUCAGUCCUCAUUAAUCACCAGAGAAUACACACAGGAGAGAAGCCGUACAAAUGCACACAGUGUGGGAAGUGUUUCCGCCAGCAUUCGCAGCUCGUUAACCACCAAAGAAUCCACACGGGAGAGAGACCCUACGUGUGCUCGGAUUGUGGGAGAAGCUUUAGUGAUCCAUCGCAUCUUAUUAGGCAUAAGAGAACCCACACAGGAGAGAAGCCUUGUAAAUGCUCAGUUUGUGGAAAGAGCUUCAGUACCAGUGCCUACCUUAUUACUCACUUGAGAAUCCACACGGGAGAGAAACCAUAUCAGUGCUCGGAGUGUGGGAAAAGCUUCAACCACAGUUCGGCACUUAUCGCACACGAGAGGCUCCAUCGAGGAGAGAAGCCGUACAAAUGCCCAGACUGUGGGAAAAACUUCAACAGCAGCUCACAGCUUAUUACGCACCGGAGAAUUCACACAGGAGAAAAACCAUAUAAGUGCACUGAUUGUGGGAAGGACUUUACCAGCCGAACCGAGCUCGUCACUCACCAAAGAAUCCACACCGGAGAGAAGCCGUACAUGUGCUCCGAGUGUGGGAAAAGCUUCAGUCAACGAUCGCACCUUAUAACACAUGAGAGGAUUCACACAGGGGAGCGACCGUAUGUGUGCUUAGACUGUGGGAAGAGCUUCAAUAACAACUCAAGUUUCAUUGUGCAUAAGAGGACUCAUACUGGAGAGAAACUGUACACCUGUUCCGUCUGCGGGAGAAGCUUCAGCGACCAUUCAAACUUCAAUAAACAUCAGCUUAUGCAUGGACUUGCCUCUUCUGGUCUAGAAGAGGAGAAGUACUUUCUCAGCCUUACAGUCAGCAGGAUGGCAUCCCUGACGCCCUCUGGGUCACCCCAUCUUCACAAUGAUGUUGCAACAGCUACUGUGGAGUCAGCACAGGUGCUGGUGACAUUUGAAGAGGUGGCUGUUCACUUCACCAAGGAAGAAUGGGCUCUGCUGAAUCUAGCCCAAAGAGCCCUCUACAAGGAAGUCAUGGUGGAGAAUUAUGUGAAUGUGGCCUCACUGGGAGGAUCUGUAUUCCCCAAGCCUGACCUCAUUUCCUGGUCUAAAAGAAAAGUGCAGUGUUCAAGGCGCCAAGGAAAGAGAAAGGAGCAAAGUAUCCAAGGUGCCAAGGAAACAGAGAGACUCACAGGUGACGAGAUAGUAUGCAAGGUCAAAGAGGAGAACGUACAGCAGGAAGAUUCACUCUUGAAAAAGACCAAGGUUUUACCAGGAAGACCUCGGCAGCCUAUUUCCUCUUUGGGUCUAGCAUCUCGUCCUUCCGAUCUCCAGAGUGUGGGGUAUGAGACUGUCUUUGUGAAUGUCGCAGAUCAGGAAGAAUACUCUGGAGACUUGGAAACGGAGAGCUUGCCAUUGGGAAGAGCGGGAGAGGAGGGAGAGGCCUCCAGGAACCUCCUUGUGGGGGAGAGGGAAGAGAUCUGCAUCCAAUAUGGCAGAAUCUACCGAUGGAAGUCUUACCUUAUGCCGCGCCAAGGGAGCCCGAUGGGCGAGAAGUCACACAAGUGUGCCAUCUGUGCCAAGCGCUACAGCACCAGAUCCAUCCUCAAGACCCACCAGAGAAUGCACACUGGAGAAAAGCCCUAUAAAUGCUCCGAGUGUGGGAAGAGUUUCAGACAGCGAACACACCUAAAAAUCCACGAGAGAGUUCACACAGGCGAGAAGCCAUACACCUGCCCGGAGUGUGGGAAGAGCUUCAGGCACUACACCAGCCUGGUGGUCCACCAAAGGAUCCACACGGGAGACAAGCCAUAUCUGUGCUGUGCAUGUGAGAGGAGCUUCUGCGAAAAAUCUAACCUCACUAAACACAUGAGGACCCAUUUGGGAGAGAAACCGUUCAGCUGCACCGCGUGCGGGAAGAACUACAGCAACAGAUCAGGCCUCAUGAAGCACACGUGGAUCCACAAGAGAGAGUGACCUACUCUGCUGUGAACUCAGUGCGUGAUCCUGUAAUAUUAGCAUGAUGGCAAACUCUGUCAUAGGCUGGAUGUUGACCGGAGGGGCUCUCAAACAUGGAUCUGCAGAGUUGUUGGACUACAGUUCCCACCAUCCCUAGCCUUCUCAAGAGUGCAGCCUAGACUGUGGAACAUCUUGCCACUAGGAAAUCCAGCUAGUCCUGCUCAAAGGCAGUUCACAUGAUCAUGAGCUGGGUAGGACGGGGCCCUACCCAGCUUUGGGAGCUGUAGGCACUCUCAGUUUUGGGUCGUGAGUGAGUUAAAAGCUUGGUUGGAGGCGGGGGAAGUGAUCGUGGGAAGUGAUCGGGCACUGGUUCUGACCACGUCCUACCCAGCAUUUUUACCCAGCAUAUUACCAAGGUAGGAGGAAGCGCCGUAAAAGCCUGUGUCUGCCUCUCACAUGACCACUUUCGCCUCCUCCAACUUAGCUUUUCACUCUCAUACAACCAAAGAUAAGAAGCAUGCAGAGCAGCUCCUGACGCAUGUCCUACCCAGUUGAUAAUCAUGAGAACAGCCCUAGUGUAUGUUUUCAGGCACGAACUGAAGACCUUUUUCUCCAGGGACACCUUUCCGUAACUUUCUGUGAUUUUGUUUAUUGCUUGUAAAUCUGUAAAUUUUUAAAUUUAAUUUGUAAAUCUGUUAAUUUAAUUUGUUGCUAGUAUUGCUGCUGCUCUUUCUUAAAGUUUUAUUUUUAAAAUUCUGGUUCUAAAUUACAUAUUUUUUUCCAACAGAAGUUGUUCACUUCUUUGGUCUUUUCACUUGUUUAAUUUUAUUAAUCUUUUAUUUUACAUUGUAUCAAUUGUAUUAAUGUUGUGAGCUGGCCCGAGCAGUAGUGUACUGGAGGGGCAAGGUAUAAAUAUUUAAAAUAAAAUAAAAUAAAAUAAAUGUGUGGCUUCA